AUGUCCAUCACGGUUAAAAAAGUACCCGUUAAGGCACGUAAUUCAAUCAGCAAAGUCGAACGCUAUCAUGGACCACUCCGACGUGCGUACGAGGUAAUCUCGGGUGACCUACAUGGCACCCAGACCGGUAAAGCAUCUAUCCUACAGAUGGCAGUCAAGGCGGUACUUGACACAGCUGGCCCCAACGGACUUAUACCUACCCUCCUCGUGUUUGGAGCGGAAUUCGAAGGCGAUGCGAAUUCUGAUUGGGAAGAUGACUUAGGGGACCGUUCAAAGUCUUUGUAUAAUGAUCGCAGGGAACUAACACCCCAAGGUUCGGAACGACCGCAGGGCAACGGGCGGCCAGACUCCCCUCGCAGCUACCUUGGCCGAGAGAACCAGCGACGUCAGAGGCCCGUUGAGAGGGAGGAGGCCGGAAGCGAAGCCGUAACCCUACGACUCUUGCAAGACCUACUCGAAAGCAACAGGGAGGUCACCCCCCUGAUUCUUCAAGAAAUUGGAGGAGGUCGGCCACCAACAUAUAACACAGCGAAAUUAAAGCCGAACGCGCUCUCGCCCGAAAUCGAGGAUUGGGUCACCGCCAUUAAGGAUGGCAACGAGGAGAAACCACACGCGGCUACACCAACCCUCGUGCAAUGGGCAGUGAGCAUGAUGGAGCCUCAGCUACAAAGCGAUUGGAAAGGCUUCGUCGCAUUGCUCCAGCGCCCAAAGAGUGAUAUAGAUCUUGAACAACUAUGGGACUUCGUCCGCCGACCAAACGUCGAGUCAAGACGCAUAGAGUCAAAGUUGCGGACAGAGAUCUCCGAAAUGUUGCAGAAAGACAACGAGACGCCACGAGAAUUCUAUACGCGUUGGAGCACGGUGUUACGUCGAGUAGAGGGCUCAUCCUUCCUGCAGAGCAGAGCCUGGGCGCACGACUACCGGUAUAAGCUACAGCCUAAGCUCAAGCGUUACCUAGGUCGAAUGAACGUCCCUAGAGAUAAACCCCUGAAGGUAUGCCAGGAGGCCGAGUGGGCAUGGGCCAACUGGGAGGACAAGCAAGGCAGGAAACGGGCCCUGACCGGAGACACGAAGGCGGCCACCGCUGAGGUCAGCAACGUCACGACCAACGAUACGAGGGGUCGUCAGGACCAGCCGAGCAACCGCCGAUUUAAUAGCAACCGUAGCAAGUCGACUAGAGUGGACAGAGGCGGCCGGCGUCAAAGGGGGCAACAGGACCGCUUAGGCCAAGGGGCACGGGCCAGACGGCCGGAGGCUUCACGGAUUAAGUAA